AUGGGAAAAAACAAAUAUGGGGAAAACGCAAAUAUGGGAAAAACGCAAAUAUGGGAAAAACGCAAAUAUACGAAAAACGAAAAUAUGGGAAAAACGCAAAUAUGGGAAAAACGCAAUAUGGGAAAAACGCAAAUAUGGGAAAAACGCAAAUAUGGGAAAAACGCAAAAAUGGGAAAAACGCAAAUAUGGGAAAAACGCAAAUACGGGGAAAAACGCAAAUAUGGGAGAAAAGCAAAUAUGGAAAAAACGCAAAUAUGGGAAAAACGCAAAUAUGGGUAUAGCGCAAAUAUGGUAACACGAAAAUAUGGGAAAACCGCAAAAAUGGGAAAAACGCAAAUAUGGGAAAAACGCAAAUAUCAGGUAAACGCAAAUAUGGGAAAAACGCAAAUAUGGGAAAACGCAAAUAUGGGAAAAACGCAAAAAAGGGAAAAACGCAAAUAUGGUAAGAAAGCAAAUAUAUCAAGAAUGCAAAUAUGGCAAGAACGCAUAUAUGGCAAGAACGCAAAUAUGGCAAAAACGCCAAUAUGGCAAGAACGCAAAUAUGGCAAAAACGAAAAUAUGGCAAGAAAGCAAAUAUGGCAAAAAUGCAAAUAUGGCAAGAACGCAAAUAUGGCAGAAAUGCAAAAAUGGCAGAAACGCAAUUAUGGCAGAAACGCAAAUAUGGUUCACGAAAUAUAUGAGAAACACAAAUAUGGGAAAAACGCAAAUAUGGAAAAACGAAAAUAUGGGAAAAACGCAAAUAUGGGAAAAACGCAAAUAUGGGAAAAACGAAAAUAUGGGAAAAACGCAAAUAUGGGAAAAACGCAAAAAUGGGAAAAACGCAAAUAUGGGAAAAACGCAAAUAUGGGAAAAACGCAAAUAUGGGAAAAAUGCAAAUAUGGGGAAAUGCAAAAAUGGGAAAAACGCAAAUAUGGGAAAUAUGCAAAUAUGGCAAAGACGAAAAUAUGGGAAAAACGCAAAUAUGGGAAAAACGCAAAUGUGGGAAAAACGCAAAUAUGGGAAUAUGCAAAUAUGGGAAAAAUGCUAAUACAGGAAAAACGCCGAUGUGGGAAAAAUGCAGAUGUGGGGAAAACGCAGAUGUGGGAAAAACGCAGAUAUGGGAAAAACGCUGAUAUGGGUAAACCCAGAUAUGGGAAAAACGCAGAUAUGGGAAAAACGCAGAUAUGGAAAAAACGCAGAUAUCGGAAAAACGAAAAUAUGGGAAAAACGCAAAUAUGGGAAAAACGCAAAUAUGACAAAAAAGCAAAUAUGGCAAAAUCGCAAAUAUGGCAAAAACGCAAAUAUGGGAAAAACGCAAAUAUGGGAAAAACACAAAUAUGGGAAAAACGGAAAUAUGGGAAAAACGCAGAUAUGCGAAAAACGCAGAUAUGGGAAAAUCGCAGAUAUGGGAAAAACGCAGAUAUGGGAAAGACACAGAUAUGGGAUAAACGCACAUAUGGGAAACUUGCAAAUAUGGGAAAAUUGCAAGUAUGGGAAAAUUGCAAAUAUGGGAAAAUCGCAAAUGUGGGAAAAAUUCAAAUACAGGAAAAACGCAAAUAUGGGAAAAACGGAAAUAUGGGAAAAACGCAAAUAUGGGAAAAACCCAAAUAUGGCAAAAACGCAAAUAUGGCAAAAACGAAAAUAUGGCAAAAAACGCAAAUAUGGCAAAAACGCCAAUAUGGCAAAAACGAAAAUAUCGGAAAAACGCAAAUAUGGGAAUAA